AUGGAUUAACAAUUAUCUAAUGUACUUUUAUCUAGAGACAAAUGGAAAUAAGAAAGUAAGGUGACUAAGUGUGAACAUUGUGAUAGACAAUUCUAUUAUCUUUUCAGAACUAAGCAUCAUUGUCGUAAAUGUGGUUUAGUCUUUUGCUCAGAGUAAUAUAAAUUAUUUUAUAGAAUAGUUGCAGCAGUAACUUUAUUGAUGGUUCUCAUUUUACAUAAAAUACAGAAAAAAAAGUAAGAUUGUGUGGUGUAUGUUAUGAUUAAGUAUUAAAAUUGUUGAAAGCAUAAGGAUACAAAUUAGAUAAUACAUUUGAAAACAGAGUUGUUAGUGUCUCUAUAGAUAAGGGACCAUUGAAUUUGUCAAGAAGAGAAUCAAUACAUAAAUUAGAUGAUCAAUCAUAUACCAUCUCUAGAUCGCAAACUACUUAAAUUACUGAAGAAUAGGAAGAUAAUUUGAAUAAUGAUUAAGAAUUCAAUCCUGAAAUAGUUUAGGUCAGUAUACAAAGUUAUUUUCCACCUGAAGAAUAAAAUAAGAAUAAAGAAUCAGAAUUACUGAAAUCCUAAUUAUCCCUACUAAAAGAAAAAUGUUAUCAACAAAUGGAAAAUAUCUGUGAUCAUAGUUUAAAGAUUUUUAUUCAACCUUAAAGAAAUCAUGAUAAUCAUUUUGAAGGUCUUAAAUCAAUAACUUACGAUUUUGUUAAACGAGCUGUAGAAGACAUUUAGUUUUCUUCUCUAAAUUCUGAUCCUUUAGAUAUUACUUGUUAUGUAAAAACUAAAUUGCUCCCCUACAAAGAUUAUUCUCUAACUUGCUAUUUUCCAGGAAUUGUUAUAAGAAAAAACAUAGCAUUGAAAAGAAUGCAAACAGAGUUAAUAAAACCUCGUCUUUUAAUUAUUCAUGGGAAUUUAGAUUUCAUUGAAGAAACUCAAUAAUUUGAUGAUUUCAUUAUGAAAGAAAAGAGAGUACUUUAAGAUUAUAUUGAGAAAAUAAAAGAGCAUUUUAAACCUACAAUAAUAAUAGUUGAAAAAUCAGUCAGUAAAGUUGCUUUAGAUAUUUGUUGUAAAUUUAAUAUAACAGUUGUUUAAAAUGUGAAAAUACAUCAAUUAAGAAAAAUAGCUAAAUGUACAGGAUCUAAAUUUGUACGUCUUGAUAAAUUAGAUGGUUAUAUUCAAAAAGAGACAUAGGUGACUGGAAAUUGUGAGAAAAUAUUUUUUCGCAAUUUUCCAAGGCCAAAUCUUGAUAAAUAAGAUUAACUUGGAAAAGAUAAUACAUUAAUGUUUAUAGAAACAAAGGAUGGUAAAAAUGGUGUAACAAUAAUGCUAUCAGGUCCUUAAGAAGAUUUAUUAUAGAAAUUGAAAUAGUGUAUAGUAGGUUGUAUGAGAUUAGGAAAGCAUUUUGAUGUAGAAAGACAUAUUAUACUUUGUGAAUAGAAAUUAAGAUAAAAUAAGUAAUUUAAUUUGUGCGUUGGUGAUUUUACAAAAUUUUUAUUUGAAAAGGUGAAUCUUAAAGAAGUAAUAAAACCAGAUUUAGCAUAUGUGAAAAUAAAUUAUGCAAGAGCAGAUAUUCAUAAUUUUAAUGAUAUAAAAGAUAUGAAUGCAUUAUUGGCUUAUUAAAAAGAGUUUCCACCUUAAAAAGAUAAGGUAGUUGAUUUUUUUGCUGAUAUGUGUAAUAUGCCUACAGAGAAACCAAAAGCAUAUUAUCAUUCAAAUGAUGAUAUGUCUAUAGGUGCUUUUAUUAUUUUGAAAGUAGCGAAUUUGUAAUUCAGAUGUGAAUAUUGUAAAUUACCAAGAAAUAGUCAUGUUUCUAUAUAUUAUAAUGCAGGCAGAUAUGUAAAAUUUAGUGUGGAUGGUUAAAUGAAUUAGAUAAAAUAAAUAGUAUUAUAAAAGGAAGAAUCAUAAAUUCAAUAGAAUGAUGAGAAUAGGACAUUUUUAUUAAAAGAUUUGCCAAGUAUUAUAAAGUAGAAUCAUUCAAAUGAAAAAAUAUAGAUUGAAACCUAUUUCGAAUGUAAUUUGUGUAUGUAACAAUUAACAGAUAGAGUAAUUUUAAGCUAAAAAUAUUUAGAGUAUUCAUUUUUAAGAUUCUUAUAAUAAUUAUUCUUAACACAUAAUAUAAUGCAAAAUCAUUAUUAGAAUUCAAGUUCAUGUAAUCACACUUAAGUAUAAAGAGUGUAUUCAUAUUAUGGAUAUCAAAUGAAAGUAAUGGUUGGAGAGUUUGAUGUAUAUUAAACAACAUUGUUGAAUUUUUCAGAUAAUUCAUUAGGUGAUUAUUUGAAGAUAUGGGAAUAGAAUUAUAUUAGAUAGCUUAGAGAUGAAUUAAUGAAUAAAUUAAAUACAUUUGGAAUUACACUUAUUAAUUUAAUACCUAAAUCUUUAGCUAAGGGAGAGAUCGAUUUAUUAAUAAAAUCAAUUAAAUAAUUAAAGGAAGAAUGUGAAAAGAUUUUGUCUGAGACUUAAUAUAGUUCAAUAUUUUAAGUACUCAAACAAUCUUAAGAUUUUGGACUUUAAUAUAAAAAUAUAAUGUAAAGUAUUUCAGAACAUAAGAAAAAAAAAGAGUUAAAUCCAGAUUUCAAAAAUAUUAUUCAAAAUGCUGCUGUUAAUUUAAAGAAUCAAGAUUCAAUAUUAAAUAAUAAUACAAUUACCAUUAAAACUACAUAUGAAUUAGAAAAAGUGGAUUCUGGUAAUAAUUUAAGUGAUGCUAAACAAUAUCAUUCAAAUUAAGAAUUAGAAGAACAUAAUCUAAUUUCUGGAUAAAAACAUUCCUUUUAAGAAAUUGAUGAAAUCAAUCACAGACAUAAUUCAGUAAAAGCUGAUUUAACAGAUUUGAUUAUACCAACUCUUUAUUCUCCUGAAUUAGAUACAUAAUAAUCUCCAUUAUUUAUUAGAAAUCAUAGAAGAAAUGGAUCUGAAAUUCAUAAUAAUAAUAAUAAUAAUGUAAUUAAUUUAGUAGAUGCUAAUCAAUCAUUAAAUUAAUCUAUUCAUAAGACUCAUCAUGAUUCGAAUAAAGAUUUAGAUAAUAUAAAUGUUGUAUAAGCUAAUAAUUUUAUUCCCACUUUUGAAAUCAAUUAAAACAUUAAUUUUUAAAAAGAAUGGAACAUUAGUUCAUUUCUUGCAGAAUAAUAGAAAUUAGUUAAAAGUUAAAUGAUUUAUGUAAUUAUUCUAUUAAUAAAUUUAUAUAGGAAUUUGUUCCAAUAUAUGAAAAUCAACCAUUAUCGUAUUUAUCAUUUACACUCAAUCAUCCGAAAUAUAUGAAUGAAAUUUAUUAAAAAGAAAGUAAUUGCUUUCAUUAUAAACUUAAGAUUUUGGAAUGAUUGAGACAACAUAAAAAUCAUCUGAGCAAGCUAAAAUGUUUUUCUAAUAAUUACUAUCACCAAAAGAAUAGAAAUAAGAAGUAGAAAAUGUUAGAUACAUGAGUGUUGAUUUAGGUAAUAAUAAUAUCAAUUAAUAAAUAUAUUAAAAAUAAGAUAAUAAGGAUAUAUUUAUUUUGAAAAUAAAUUAUGAUGUUGAAAAAAAGAAUGAUAAAUCUAAUACUUUAAUUUUGUAAUAACAAUAAUAAUUUUAAUAAUAAUAAUUCUAAUAAUUCCAAAUGAAUUUAUCCUCUUAAUUUGAUGAAGCUUAAUUAGAUAAAUCAUUACCAUUAACUAAUCAAUAAUAAUUUGUACCAACAACUCAAGCUAGAAAGAAUAAGUGGAUAGAAGUUUUAAUCUAUUUUCCAACAUAAUUUGAAGCAUUAAGAUAAUUAGCUGGUAUAACACUUGCAUAAUUCAUUAAAUCUAUCUCUUCUACUAAUAUUUGGAGUGCUUCUGGAGGUAAAUCUUAGUCUAAGUUUUAUAAAUCUAAUGAUGAAUUAUUUGUAUUUAAAAAGUUAGAAUAAGAUAAAGAAUUCAUGAUGUUUAAAUAAUUUGCUUUAGAUUAUUUUAAACAUAUGUAUAGACAUUUUUAUGAAUCUAAACCUUCUUUAUUAAGUAAGAUCUUUGGAAUGUUUGAAAUCAGAGAUAGAGGUUAAACUGAAUAUUUUUUAGUUAUGGAAAAUCUCUAUUUUGGAAUGGGUGAUCCAUCAAAUCUUUUAGUUUAUGAUCUUAAAGGAAGUGAAACUAAUAGAUUAGAAAAAAAAAAAAAAGGAGUGUUAUUAGAUACCAAUUUUAGAAUUGACAGAAAUUCAGAACCUAUUCCUAUUCUUAAAGAAAAUUAUAGAUAUAAUGAUAGAGCAUUCUAAGUUUCAUAAUUAUAUAUAUAUUUAGAUCGAUUGUAAAUUCUUAAACAAACAAAAUGUUAUUGAUUAUUCUUUGCUAUUAAUAAUAGAUUAAAAAUAGAAAAAACUUAGAAUGGGUAUAAUUGACUAUUUAAGAUUCUAUACUUGGGAUAAAGAAACUGAACAUUAUUUGAAAUAUCUAUUAAAAGGGGGAAUGGUAUUAUUUUCAUCUUAAAUAAUAUUUACAGGUUCCUACCAUUGUGAAUCCUGGAGAUUAUAAAAAAAGGUUUAUUAAUGCAAUAUUAAAAUAUUUUAUACCAGUGUGA